AUGGAAGACAUAAUAUCCUCUCGUUUGGAUUCCUCUGGAAUAACAGACUCAAUAUUCUCGAAGCAUUCUGAGUUUAUACUAGAAUCCGUCGCAGCACGUGCCGACGCUAAGAAGAAUGCCUCAUGGUUUUUCCAAGCCCUUCAGUUGAUCCAAUCUGGAACGAAAGCCGGCGCACAUCUACCAUCCUUACAUUCAAUUCCCUUAAUCAAGAACUUUGUCCCCGCAGCCGACCCCAACGAACAACACAUUCAAGAUCUUUUAUAUCAACAAAAAUUGGCAACAAAUUACAAGCAAUGGUACAAAAUUUGCUUGCAACUUGAUAAUCUAUUGAACAAUGAAACGUGGAAAUUGGAUCCUAAAUCAGAUUUGUAUGAUUAUGAAUUGGUCAGUAGACAGUUGACUCAAAUGAAAAAUGCUAGACUAUCCCAUGACUACAAGCUUUUGUUGUAUCUUGUACGUACCACAUGGACUAGAAAUGUAGGAAAUAUGGGCGAUGUGAAUUUAUAUCGUCAUUCUUAUGUUGGUACCAAGUCUUUAAUUGAAGAAUAUAUUGCCGAAUGUGAGUUGUCCUUGGACUAUUUGGUCAAUGACGAUGCAGUAAAUCUUGAUGACCGUUAUUUGUUGGGUAUGUUAAUCCAAACGAGGAAGAAUAUCGGUCGUACUGCGUUAGUUCUUUCUGGAGGUUCUACUUUUGGAAUAUUCCAUAUCGGUGUUUUAGCAUCAUUAUUGGAGUCACAUUUACUUCCACGAAUUGUUAGUGGAUCACUGGCUGGGUCCAUUAUGGCCAGUAUUCUUUGCUCGUGCACAAAUGAGGAAACCUUAAACUUGUUGAAUACAAUCUGUGAGAGAAAGUUCAACAUUUUUGGUGAAGAGGAUAUGCCAGACCUUGAAGUUGAUCCAAAGGCAAAAUAUGGUCGUGGUACUUUGAAAAAAUUGGCUCAUUUCUUGAAAUAUGGGACUUUGUUUGACAUUUCAGGUUUGAAAAAUACCAUGAUUGAUUUUGUUGGUGAACUUACAUUUAGAGAAGCUUAUAAUCGUACAGGGAAAAUCUUGAAUAUUACGGUUUCUCCAGCUUCGAUACAUGAACAGACUCGUUUAUUGAACUAUUUAACGGCUCCCAAUUGUCUCAUCUGGCUGGCUGUCUGUGCUUCUUGUUCUCUUCCAGGGAUAUUCCCCUCCACGUCCAUAUACGAGAAAAAUCCACGAACUGGGGAAUCUCAGGAAUGGAAUAAUGAUACUUCAGUCAAGUAUGUGGAUGGAUCUGUUGAUAAUGACUUACCAAUCACAAGACUUCUGGAAAUGUUUAAUGUUGAUCAUAUUAUUGCAUGUCAAGUGAAUCCACAUGUAGUUCCAUUCUUGAAGAUGUCAGUAACGUGUGUUGGAGGGGAAAUUGAAAAUGAAGUGAGUUCUAGAAUGAAGAAUUUCUUGACUAAUGUAUAUGAUUUUAUGGCCAGUGAAGUUAUCCAUUAUUUGGAAGUCUUGCAUGAAUGUGGAGUUGGUCUGAAUCUUUCAACCAAACUUAUUUCCAUUUUGUCUCAACAAUAUUCUGGUGAUAUUACAAUUUUACCGGAUUUUAAUAUUAAGGAUUUUACCAAGAUCUUUGAAAAUCCCACGCCUGAAUUUCUUCUUGAAUGUAUUGUUCGAGGUGCAAGAGCUUCCUGGCCAAAGAUCACGGUGAUUAAAAACCAUUGUGGAGUUGAAUUUGCUCUUGAUAAAGCCAUUUCUUUACUUCGUGGGAAAUUAAUUACAGGAAAUAGAGGUAUUGAUAAUGGUCUUAGUUUGAAUACUGGUAGUUUUAAUGGGAGAUCUAAACUUGAUUCUAAUAAAAUUACAUCUUAUAGUGCACUGCUGGCAUUCAACUCCAAUUCAUUCAGUGGGAAUGUUGCUAAUUCUGAAUAUACUUUGGUUUCAUCGCCAAUACUUAAUUUUGAUUCCGAAACUCCAUCUCCAGUUCCAGAACAGACAAGGCCGCAUAUAAUGAAACGUCAUAACACAGUAUCAUCUACUGCAUUUCGUGAUAAGUCGGGAAAUAAGGCAAAACCUCAAAGAAAUAGUAUUUCAUCUUAUACUCCUCAUUUUGAAGAACAAGCUAAAAAAAUUAGAGCAACGUUAAAAAAGGUACCGUUGAAAAACCCGAACUUCCCCAAUGUUAGUAAAGCUCGUGGUAAAUCAACUACAUCUCUUGUUGGUAUGACUAGUACAAGCGGUAAAGAUCAUGAUAAUGAUACGGAAGAAGAAAACAUUAAAAGCAGUCCAAUACUCCGAAAACAUGGUCGGGCAAACAGCUAUUAUUCCCCCGAAAAUUCUGACCUUUACGGGCGUUAUAAUGGAUUUCAAGAAGAAUCGGCUAGAUCAAAAUCACCACUUGCUACAUCACAAGGACAAACUUUGGGAUUGGGUGUUGUUACUGGAACUGGUCGUUCACAAACAGAAGGAGAUGAGAUUUCUGAUGAUCAACAAAAUACACUUCAACUGCAAGCUAGAAUGGUUAGGAAGGCUAAAAGUUCUGGAAACUUUUAUGCGUUAGAAAAUAAUGGUGGCUCUGAAGGGAAUGCACAUUUGUUUGAAAACUCUCGUCAAUUAAAAUAUGAGACUGAGAGAAUUCCUUAUUAUAAAGGUAACCCUUACUUAGACACCCCAACUUUGAGUGAUAACACCUCGAAUGGAUCCACUUCACCAUUAUGUUCUACGACUUCAAAGGCAAAUCUUCCGUCUAAAAGAGUCUCGACUAGUAAUUCAUUACGAGGUUCAUAUGUUGGAUUGAACCGUUUGAAGGAAAACAAAUCCACAAAUGGAUCUUACCUCAAUCUAAAAGAAUUGGGUUAUGAUGACGAAUCGUAUCAGAAACAAUUGAUGAACUUGACUUCCCCUGACAUUAGAAGAGGUUACAGGGGUACAAGAAUGGUUUUGAGUCGUCAAAACAGUGAAGGAGUUUCAUUAUUGAUCAACAAACUAGCCAAGGAGCAGGAAAAGCAAAAAGGUAGGAGGAAACUGGAAGAAUUAAAACUGGAAAGUAGUUCCAAACUGGAAGAUUCAUAUGAAUCCGAAACAGAAAAAGAAUCUAGUGACCCUGUUAAGAGCUCAAGUGAAGAGUUGGGAGAUCACGAGGAAGAAGAAGGAAAAGAUGAAGAUGAAGAUGAGGAGUUGGUGGAAUCAGAAGGAGAUUCCACUACUGCUACUAAUGAUGGAACAAAACAUCUGGAUGAUGAUAAUAAUGAUGAUUAA